UGCUCUACGGGACCACGUGGCCAGAGGCACGCGGGGAAAUCUUGCCCAGGUCGCAUUUGCAAAGGAGCGGACUUUAGAGGAUCGACGAUUUUAUGUACAUGUGGUUUCCACUCGAGCCUCUUUCUUGGGAUUUUUUGGCGGCUCCCAGUCAGUGCUACUUUCUUCACUUCCAGGCCCACUUCCUAAACGGGCCGUGAACACUCUUCAUCCAGCAGUAGUGCCUGUUAGGUGUCUGAGGUGUCUGUGAGGCAGUCUGGAGCUUUAGGGCCAGGAGCUCGCGGCGCCUUCCGGGAGCCAUAGCUCAGGCUCCGCCCUUCGGCCCGCGCUCUGCACUGCGCAUGUCCGGUUUUGUUCCCCUUCCUCGCGUCAGCUACGGGCCGAGAGGCGGCGGAGGCGGCGGCGGCGGCGAAGAAGGGGGCGGAGAGCGAGGAGCGCGGUGGGACGGGGUCUGGACCGCUCGUACUUCGGGCCGUGGGAUUCUCUCCGCGUCGGCGGUAGUAGUAGCUGCCUCUGCAGCCGCAGCAGCAGGUUUGUGCGAGAUCAAUCAUUGACACUAUGAACUGGAAUAAAGGUGGCCCUGGCACCAAGAGGGGAUUUGGCUUUGGAGGUUUCGCUAUUAGUGCGGGAAAGAAGGAGGAACCAAAACUCCCACAGCAGUCCCAUAGUGCCUUUGGGGCAACCAGCUCUUCUGGAUUUGGAAAGUCGGCUCCACCACAGCUCCCUUCCUUCUACAAAAUUGGUUCUAAACGGGCCAACUUUGAUGAAGAAAACGCAUAUUUUGAAGACGAGGAAGAAGAUUCUAGCAAUGUUGAUUUACCUUACAUUCCUGCUGAAAACUCACCUACCCGCCAGCAAUUCCAUUCCAAGCCAGUAGAUUCUGAUAGUGAUGAUGAUCCCUUAGAGGCAUUCAUGGCUGAAGUGGAGGAUCAAGCGGCUAGAGACAUGAAGAGGCUUGAAGAAAAGGACAAGGAAAGAAAAAACGUAAAGGGUAUUCGAGAUGACAUUGAAGAGGAAGAUGACCAAGAAGCUUAUUUUCGGUACAUGGCAGAGAAUCCAACUGCUGGCGUGGUUCAGGAGGAAGAGGAGGAUAAUUUGGAAUAUGAUAGUGAUGGAAAUCCAAUUGCACCUUCCAAAAAAAUCAUUGAUCCUCUUCCUCCCAUUGAUCAUUCAGAGAUUGACUAUCCACCAUUUGAAAAAAAUUUUUACAAUGAACAUGAAGAGAUAACCAACCUCACCCCACAGCAGCUAAUAGAUCUCCGGCAUAAGCUCAAUCUUCGGGUUUCUGGUGCUGCACCUCCUAGACCAGGAAGUAGUUUUGCUCAUUUUGGGUUUGAUGAGCAACUUAUGCACCAGAUUCGGAAAUCUGAGUACACACAGCCCACUCCAAUACAGUGCCAGGGUGUACCUGUGGCAUUAAGUGGUAGAGACAUGAUUGGUAUUGCCAAAACAGGCAGUGGGAAAACUGCGGCCUUUAUCUGGCCCAUGUUGAUUCAUAUAAUGGACCAGAAAGAAUUGGAACCGGGUGAUGGACCAAUUGCAGUGAUUGUGUGUCCUACUAGGGAGCUUUGUCAGCAGAUCCACGCAGAAUGCAAGCGGUUUGGGAAAGCGUAUAAUCUCCGAUCAGUAGCCGUGUAUGGAGGAGGGAGCAUGUGGGAGCAGGCCAAGGCCCUUCAGGAAGGGGCAGAGAUUGUUGUCUGUACACCAGGUCGACUUAUUGAUCAUGUGAAGAAGAAAGCUACCAACCUUCAAAGAGUCUCUUACCUUGUAUUUGACGAAGCAGAUCGAAUGUUUGACAUGGGAUUUGAGUACCAGGUGCGAUCCAUAGCAAGUCAUGUCCGUCCCGACAGACAGACUCUCUUAUUCAGUGCAACUUUUCGGAAAAAGAUUGAAAAACUGGCCAGAGACAUCCUGAUUGACCCUAUUCGUGUGGUGCAGGGGGAUAUUGGAGAGGCAAAUGAAGAUGUGACUCAGAUUGUGGAGAUUCUGCAUUCUGGGCCUAGUAAAUGGAACUGGCUCACCCGGCGUCUAGUGGAGUUUACCUCUUCAGGAAGUGUCCUCCUGUUUGUUACUAAAAAAGCCAAUGCUGAAGAGCUAGCCAAUAACCUUAAACAGGAGGGUCAUAGUCUUGGCCUGCUCCAUGGUGACAUGGAUCAGAGUGAAAGAAACAAGGUUAUUUCAGACUUUAAGAAAAAGGACAUCCCAGUCCUCGUGGCCACAGAUGUUGCAGCCCGUGGUCUGGACAUUCCUUCAAUUAAGACUGUCAUUAACUAUGAUGUGGCACGAGAUAUUGAUACCCAUACGCAUAGGAUUGGCCGAACAGGACGAGCGGGUGAGAAAGGCGUGGCCUAUACCUUGCUGACACCCAAGGAUAGCAAUUUUGCCGGUGACCUUGUCCGGAACUUGGAAGGAGCCAAUCAGCAUGUUUCCAAGGAACUCCUAGAUCUGGCCAUGCAGAAUGCCUGGUUUCGGAAAUCCCGCUUCAAAGGAGGGAAAGGGAAAAAGCUGAACAUUGGUGGAGGAGGCCUAGGCUAUAGGGAGCGGCCUGGCCUCGGCUCUGAGAACACGGACCGAGGAAGUAAACAACAAUGUAAUGAGCAAUUAUGAGGCCUACAAGCCCUCCACAGGAGCCAUGGGGAGAUCGGCUGACGGCAAUGAAAGCAGCUUUCCAGUCACAGUACAAGAGUCACUUUGUUGCUGCCAGUUUAACCAACCAGAAGGCUGGAAGCUCUGCUGCUGGGGCGAGUGGAUGGACU